ACAACAGAACAUGGUUGUACUAACGUGUAGUGGGGACAUUACAAUCAUAUUGUCUUUGUAAAGCGUGUGUUUUUAAAUUGCAUAGCUGUCCUACCUAUAACGGGUUUCUUAUCACUAACCAGUCAUAAACAAAGAUGAUUUGUCAACAAUAACUAUCGUUGGUCAUUUUUAUCUGCAUGUCGUCAGAAUGAAUUUUAAAACGGUCUUCAGAGUGCCGGAAUCCAUGAUCCGUCGGCUGAGCGUUCACGAUAUGAUAUCAAAAUUCGAAGGUGGAAGCUUGGAGGGAAAGGAAUGGCUACAGAAGGUGCAGCUCGGAGAACAGAAGCCAUCAAGCGCCCCGGACCCCGCCUCUGAGAGCUACAGAGAGCUGACGGACUACGGGCCAGUAGGGGGCGCUAACUGUCAGUGGAGAGGGCUGCAGUCGUUCAGGAGGCGGUCCUGCACCAAGAGGCUGAUUCAGAGAGCGGCCCCACCCACUCUGCCUGAGCCACUCAUGGAGGAGGAGGAGGGGCUACACAAGGUGAGAAAUGACGAGAAGCUGUAUAAGAUUGCCAACGAGCUGCUGGAGACUGAGAAGGCGUACGUCAGUCGACUGCACCUGUUGGACCAGGUCUUCUUCUCUGAGCUCCUGAAGGAGGCGCGUGCCUCCGGGGCCUUCCCCGAGGACGUGGUGCGGCAGAUCUUCUCCAACAUCUCCUCCAUCCACCAGUUCCACAGCCUCUUCCUCCUGCCAGAGCUGCAGAGGCGCAUGGAUGAGUGGGGGGAGAACCCUGGCAUCGGAGACGUCCUGCAGAAGGUGGCUCCCUUCCUGAAGAUGUACGGCGAAUAUGUCAAAGCCUUUGACCGCGCCACUGAGCUCAUCAACACCUGGAUGGAGAAGAGCCCACGCUUCGAGGAGCUGGUGCUGGAAAUCCAGAAGAGGGAGGAGAGUGGGAAUCUGACAUUGCAGCAUCACAUGCUGGAGCCAGUGCAGAGGGUCCCACGCUAUGAAAUGCUGCUCAAAGACUACCUGAGAAAACUUCCGGAAGAUUCUCCAGACCGAGAGGGAGCGGAGAAAUCUUUGGAGAUCAUCUUUGAAGCAGCAAAGCAUUCCAAUGAGGCCAUUGCAGACAUGGAGCGGCUGGAGAAGCUCUGGGAGGUGUACUCCACUCUGGGGCUGGAGGGGGAGAUGGUGGACCCCUCUAACCGGCUCCUGAGGGAGGGGCCGUUGAUCAAGAUCUCCUUCCGCCACAACACCCGCAAAGACAGCCACCUCUUCCUGUUCAGCAACAUGCUGCUCUACUGCGUGCCCAGAUUCAGCCUGACUGGAGCCAAGUUCCUCAUCAAGCACCGACUGGACAUAGAAGGCAUGCAGGUGAAGGAGCUGAACGCUGCCGUGAUUCCGCACUGCUUCCUGGUUUCCGGGACGACCCGCACCCUAGAGUUUCAGGCCAGGUCUCAGACGGACAUGGAGGCCUGGAUUAAGGCUUGUGGGAAUGCCAUUGAGCGGAAUGAGAAGAAUUCAGAGAGCUUCAAGAGCAAGAGUGCCACCAGCAGCCAGAACCAGGAACUGCAGCAGGUGUCUGUGCUGGAGAGCCAGGAGCUGGGGACCCGUGCCCCGCAGUGGAUCCGGGACAGCCUGGUGUCCAUGUGCAUGCGCUGCGGGGACACUUUCAACGCGCUGAUCCGCCGCAGACACCACUGCCGCGCCUGCGGACAUGUGGUGUGCUGGAAAUGCUCUGAUUUCAAGGCUCCGCUGCAGUAUGACGACAACAAGGUCAACCGCGUCUGCAGAGCCUGCUACAACCUCCUGGUGGGACAGGCGGACGGACAGGAGAAGGAGAGAAAGAAGGGGAUACUGGAGAAAGAAGCUGGCGAGGUGUCGGAGAGGAGUCUCAUGUGCAGCUUCCUGACCCUGGUGGACCGGCCGAGCAGGACCCGGGGCUGGUUCGUCAUCGCCCGAGACGAGCCCCUCAUCCUGUACAUGUACGCAGCGCCACAGGAUGUAAAGGCUCAGAUCACCAUCCCCUUGCUGGGCUAUCGAGUGAAGCCUCACUCUGUAGGGGACAACAAGUGUGCCUUUCAGCUCAGCCAAUCAAAGCAGGUCUUCACCUUCCUGGCCGAAUCAGAGGAGCUCAGGGACCGCUGGGCUGAGGUCAUCAAUCGGGUGGCCAAUGGGGAGGAGCCCGGUCUGUAGGCUGAUCGAGAGUCUUUCCACUGUUUUACCAAUUACUACUGCUGUGACUAACUGGUGUAAUUGUCUGUACCUGAUGCAUAACUUCAAAAUUGUUUGUAAAGUUGUCGUUGUUUAAAAAAAAUCAUUUUGUAAAUAUUAAUUAAAUUAUGAAAAUAAAGAUUUUGUACUACAA